AGUACUUUGUUUGUGGCGCGGGAGAUCUACAUCUCCGUAUCGGCAGAAUCGCGAACCUUCUAGGCGAACAUCAUCCAUGGACCCGAUUGAGUCUAAGGUGGCGGAGAUUGGACAAAGUGUAGCGGCAGUCUGCCAAUACGUGGAAAACGAGCAAAUGAAAAAGGCGGAGAAGGAGCGACGGAAGGCGGAACGACUGGAGGCCCAGGAGCGUGCCGAAGCUGAACAAUUGGCACAGGAGAUGAAGCGGAAAAAGAAAGUCGAGAAGAAGCUUAAGAAAGCAAAGUUUGUCGAGGAAAUGAACAAGAAUGUGGAUGUUCAAGUCGCAGUCCGUUUCGGUGAACUGCGGGAAGAUGUUAGAGAAGAUGUCCGAGCUGAAAUUCGGCAGGUCAUCUCCGAGCUAUCAUGUACGGCGGCCAGUCAAGGCAAACAGAAGGUUUGUGAAGAAACAUGUAAUUCGGGGACGGGAAGUAGCUCAGGCGGCAGUGGAACUGAAGAACUGAGCGCUCGUACAAGGAAUCUGUAUAUAUCCGAGAAGCGGAAACGCGGCCCCGAACCAGUUUUCGAGAACAGCCCCCCGAUGGAGCUACCUCCUAAACGGACUCCAAAGAAGUCGGUUGUCAAACCAGCCAAGUUGACUGCAAGGAUGACUCGGGCCAGAGCGAAGUGCAUCACUCCCAAGAAGGCAACUCCAAGGUCGGGGACGAAGAAGAAGACCCCUGCAGCCAUCGGUCCCGUCGGACGAUUGAAGUACGAGAGGCAGAUGUUGCAAGAGCUGAAGAAUCUGGAUGCACUAGUCCUCCAGAACAUGUGUAAAGACGAGGGCGUCCCGUAUAACGGGAAGUUCGAAGCUAUUUUCAACAUAGCCGCACAUUGUACCCGUAUGGCAUACGGUACCGAGGAAGACGAGGCGGAAACCUCUCAUGAGGUGGAGGCCGUGGAGGCCGAAGAAAUUGCCGAGAAGGCGGACGCAGAGUGAAGAGUGUUUGGCAUCCCCGAGCUUUGGGCGAUCGUUGACUGUCUUGCUGCAUGGAGAGCGCGGAAUCAACCAAUCGACGUGGG